GUUCUCUUGGUCAUGGCUACCAUGUGGCUUACAGAGGCGGUGCCUAUCGCCGUGACGUCACUACUUCCUGUGUUCAUGUUCCCGAUGGCGGGGAUCCUCACAGCCAAGGAAGUGGGCCACAGCUAUCUUAGUGUGAGAGAGAUAAUGCUGGGCCUGAUGCUGCCCACGUGGUUUCUGUCCAUGUGGAUCUCCAACACCGCCACAGUCGCCAUGAUGGUGCCCAUAGUGGAGGCUGUGUUGCUGCAGGUCAAGGUCGCCAGACGGAACCAGAGGGGUCAAGCAAUUGCCACGGACAUAUCUCGGCCUUUACGCUUUGAAUCGAGGCCGGAUCACACAGGGGGUUUUGACCAACAAACAGACGAACAGAUUGGUUGGCACACACUAGACGACGUGCAACCAGACUCUCCCACCACUGUGGAGUUGCUGCGGUUUGACAACAACGCUCACACACUGACCAGUUUCUCCAGGAAGGGUGACGAUGAGAAUGAAAAGGAGGAUGCGGCAGAGGAGGAUUCAGAAGAGAAGGGGGACGAUGACUUGGAGUUCAUCAAACUGGGCAAAGGUUUGAGUCUGUGUAUUGCCUACGCAGGGAAUGUGGGUGGAGUCGCCACACUGACAGGAACUCCGCCCAACUUGGUUCUAAAGGGGCAGGCUGACAUGUUUUUCCAGAAGUACGGAGCAGAGGACGCCGGAGAGUACAAUCUGACGUUCGUGGGCUGGAUGUUGAUGGCGUUCCCUCUGUCCCUUGUGUUACUGGUGGCUGUGUGGGCAUGGCUGGUUAUCUUGUACCUUAGGAGGAGCUGCUGUGGCACCAAGAACAAAGAACAGAUGGAGGCAGUGAGGCGGGUACUGGAGAGGGAACACAGGCAACUGGGGCCCGUCACGUUCUGUGAAGUGGUCACCUCCGUGCUGUUCCUACUGCUGAUUUUGCUGUGGGUCUCACGUGACCCCAAGUUCGUCCCUGGUUGGUCAAUGCUGUUCAAGGAGAACUAUAUUUCCGACGCCACUGCUGCAGUAAUGGUCGCAGUCUUAUUCUUCAUCCUGCCCAAAGAAAGGCCAAAGGUUUUCUGUGGCCGGGAUUGGCAAGCAGGCUCCACCCACAGCUACACGCCCCUACUGACGUGGGAGACAGUCCAGGCCAAGCUACCCUGGGGCAUCAUUGUUCUCCUCGGUGGUGGGUUCGCCCUCGCCAAAGCUUGUAAGCGCCACAGCCUGACGAUUCUCACGUCAUGCAGAGCUGUGAGUGUGAGAGUCUUUGCCACCAUUGCUGGAUUUGGAAGAGUUCAUACAGAGACCUGA